AUGAUGGUUAGUGACGGACAGGUCUGGCGAUAUGUUUGCCAUUUGUUAGUCGUCCUUUUAAGAGUGCGAUCUGCUUGGUUCUUGAUCGGCAUAUCCUUGCACCCGUGGCUUCCAGUCGCUACUACUGUGAGCAUUCAGGUGAAUUAUGAUACCGGCCAGGUGUCAGACGGGCCGCUUUUUCAUUUGCCGGAACAGAUAGCAGCCAUCAGCAUCAAAGAGGAGUUAAUGAAGCUUAAGGGACCGGAUUCGUACUUGGCUGAUGAGCGAGAAUGUAUUCUGGGACAGGCAUCCUUCUAUUUAACCGAUUGGUUGAUGGCCAAUGCCACGAUCAAUCGAGCCAAUCCGGAACUCCAUGGAAAGUACAUUGAUAUGUCCUACCAAAACACCAAUAUAAGAAGACACUUUUCCAUCGUGAUGCUUACUAAUAAUGUUACUGAAAUAGCGUAUGUUUCCCUAGCUCAUAGAAACAUGACUGUUGUGCCUUGUGAAGAACUACAGAUGAUCAAUUCCUCAAUUUCCCAUCUUUCGAUGGCGGGAAACAAUUUUUACACCGUUAAAAUACCCAUCCUGCAGAACCUGCUAGUACUGGACCUGCGCAACUGCGCGUUGAUCACGUUGGCUUACGAAGUUUUUGCGACCGUGCCUCACCUGGAGCAACUCUACCUCUCGCACAACUAUCUGCUACAGCUCACGGCCUUACAUAUGAGGCCCCUGUCUGCACUGCGCCAUCUCGAUCUGGCAUACAACUCGAACGGUAAUCAGGGAACAUAUCAGCCCCUUGGCGGACUGGAGGCAGUUCCCGAUCCUUACACCAUACUGACCGAAGGCAUGCAGCUUAGUGACGACGUUUUCGACCCGUUAAAACGGCUCACCUUUCUGGAUCUUUCGCAUACGAAGCUACUGCCGACAAGCGCUCGUGCCUUUCGCAAUCUGGCCGUGGAACAACUGAGCCUAUGCUACACCGGUAUCUCCAUAAUCGUCGGUUCGAUGAUGUAUGGCAUACUUCGGACGCUCGAUAUCUCAGGAAACCCGGGCAUAACUGCUGCAAUUCAUCGCGAUGCCAACGUUGGCAAUACGCGUGGUUUGAAUGGUAACAUCGAGAUUCUAGCAUGCGAAAACGCAUCGGUCAAGUACCUGGAUUGGGUGCACGGUAUGGUGAAUCUGCGCGUCCUGCUGCUCGGUUACAACAGCAUCAAUCAGCUGACGAAUGAAACGUUUGCCACGCUGGGUCGGCUGGAAGUGCUCGACCUUAAUGCGAACCACGUUAGUAACUGGCAUUGGCGCAUAUUUGCCCACAACCCCGCCCUGGUCGUGCUCGAUCUUUCCGCCAACAAUCUGAACGUGCUGACCACCGAGAUGCUGAGCGACUUCGAGCAUGUUCGCUUUCUGGCUAUUGGUGAAAACAACUUCAUAUGCCACUGUUUGCUGCGCGAUUUCCUAGAUAUGGCCAGUUUCAGUCCGAGCGGUAUCGGUUGUGCUAUACGGGCCAUGGGUCAGUAUUUCCUCGGCAUUGGAACUUCAAUUGGAACGACGCGAACGGCUAACAUAACCGACGAGAAUGCUGCUACUGAUGGCCAGGCGACCAUCAAAGUCAAGGCACAUUCCCGUCUAGCUUUACGUUGGCAUAGAAGCCAGGCCAGAUUUGGAUCGUUUCAUGGGCUGAACUGCAGCACCGGCUACUCUAGCGAAGAUGAUCGAGAGAAAGCAGUCCUCAAUGACGAUGAGGGCAAUGAAACUGACCAUUCAAGUGAGCGGAUCCAGCUGAUCGAUUAUCAUGCAGAAACCUACAGAUGCCGUGAUGUAGAGAACGUCGUGCACGACUUCAUUGAUCUGGAGCGCUGUACGUUCGAUCGUGCCGCACUGGGGGGCUUGUUGUUCAACGACAUCAACGACACGGCCGCCACCGUGGUUAAAUUUGUGCUGCUUUUUUUUGGCUUCGCGUUGAUCGCCUUCAUCAUCUACAUUUCCAAGUGGGAGUAUGUCAAAUAUUUUUGCAUUAUCGUUCGGAACGCAACGAUUCUCAGUCUAAUGCGCCACAAGCGUGAACACUUGGUCAAGAAGAACACUGCGAACCGCAGGCCUUCAGCCAUUCCCGGUGGCGAUUUGUUUGUGUACGAUGUGUUCGUCAGCUACUCCGAGAACGACCGAUCCUGGGUACUGAACGAACUGCUCCCUAAUCUGGAACGCUCAGAAGACAUUGCCGUGUGUCUGCACGAGCGUGACUUCAAGGUCGGUGUAAGCAUCCUGGAGAACAUCAUCCACUGUAUGGAUCGAUCGCGUACGCUGCUGCUUGUUAUGUCGGAGAGCUUUUUGCUUAGCCACUGGUGCCAGUUUGAGAUGCAUCUUGCACAACAUCGUUUGCUAGAAACACGCCGUGAGCAUCUAAUACUGGUGCUUCUGGAAGAGAUACCGAAAAUGAAGCGACCCAAAACGCUACACUAUCUUAUGAAGACAAAAACAUACAUCCGUUGGCCAACUGAAAACACUACGGACAACUGGGAUGAAUCGAGACCGGGAGAUAAGCGGGUAAGAUAUAACUGGCGAUCCAUACCGUGGCUUGGCCGUUUGGGCACACGCAGGAUGAAUAGCACGACGGGAGCCAACGACAGCUAUUGCUCCAAUGUCAGUAGCAGCAGCAGCACUUCGACACUUAACCUCGAGCGGAAGCUAUUUUGGAUGCGGCUGAAAAGAUCCAUCCACGACGGUAUUAACUGGGAACCGGAAGACGACAGGGGAAGGUCCUCGCAGGCUUAA